AUCACUCGGGGCGCCCAGAGCGGAGUGAAGGCUGCCACCCACUUGGACGACCUCCGCUGCGCCUGCUGGGGAGCGUCGGGGACCUCACGGCGCGCGUCUAGGGACAGCGCAGCCAUGCGGGCAGCGGUGCGGGGCGCGCGGGCGGCUGCACUGGCGCUGCUGCUGGGGGCGCUGCACGGGGCUCCCGCGCACGGAGAGGAGUACGACUACUACGGCUGGCAGGCCGAGCCGCUGCACGGCCGCUCCUACUCCAAGCCGCCGCAGUGCCUCGACAUCCCCGCAGACCUGCCGCUCUGCCACACGGUGGGUUACAAGCGCAUGCGGCUGCCCAACCUGCUGGAGCACGAGAGCCUGGCCGAGGUGAAACAGCAGGCGAGCAGCUGGCUGCCGCUGCUGGCCAAGCGCUGCCAUUCCGACACACAGGUCUUCCUCUGCUCGCUCUUCGCACCCGUCUGCCUCGACCGGCCCAUCUACCCGUGCCGCUCGCUGUGCGAGGCCGUGCGCGCCGGCUGCGCGCCGCUCAUGGAGGCCUACGGCUUCCCCUGGCCUGAGAUGCUGCACUGCCACAAGUUCCCCCUGGACAACGACCUCUGCAUCGCUGUGCAGUUCGGGCACCUGCCCGCCACCGCGCCUCCAGUGACCAAGACCUGCGCCCAGUGUGAGAUAGAGCACAGUGCCGAUGGCCUCAUGGAGCAGAUGUGCUCCAGCGACUUUGUGGUCAAAAUGCGCAUCAAGGAGAUCAAGAUAGAGAAUGGGGACCGGAAGUUGAUUGGAGCCCAGAAAAAGAAGAAGCUGCUCAAACCAGGCCCCCUGAAGCGCAAGGACACCAAGAGGCUGGUGCUGCACAUGAAGAAUGGUGCAGGAUGCCCCUGCCCACAGCUGGACAGCCUGGCGGGCAGCUUCCUGGUCAUGGGUCGCAAAGUAGAUGGACAGCUGCUGCUCAUGGCCGUUUACCGCUGGGACAAGAAGAAUAAGGAGAUGAAGUUUGCGGUCAAAUUCAUGUUCUCCUACCCCUGCUCCCUCUACUACCCCUUCUUCUAUGGGGCUGCAGAGCCCCACUGAAGGGGACUCCUCCCUGUCCCACCCAGCCAGCUGUGCUUUGCCCUCUGUCCCUGCCCACUUGGCCUUGCCCCCACUCCCAGGCUGACCCAGCCCCUGGCAGAGGGUGGCGUCAAGCAGAGUUGUUAAUGGUGCAGACCCCAAAGGAGGGGCAUGGGGCCCAUCCUCCUUGACCAAGGCGUCCUAGGGGCCCGGACAUCCUCUUUUAGGAGAAGUGCUUUCUCUUCUGGGGAAGCUCCAGGGUUUCCAAAAGGGCCAGAGGGAGGAAAGUGAGGGAAGGAUGAAGGGCUCAGGCAGCUUGAGAAGGGGGUUUCCAGAGGGACAGUGACAACAGCUCCCCUCUGCUGCUGGUGGGGCCUCACUUCAAGAGGGGUCUGUGAGGCUGAGCUACUCGGGGAUCAGGUCCCCCACUGUCCCUUUGUGUGACCUCAUCACGGUCCUCCAGAGAAAACACCCUGGAGCCCCACUUCCCUUCUUAGCCAGGUCCCUACCCCAAGCCUAGAGCCCUGCUGGACUGGACAGCAAGACCAGCCCCGCUCUGCACAGGCCCCUUCCCCCACCAACCCGCUCCUCCUGCCCAUUCCUCAGGCUUCCACAUCACCCUCCAACCUGAUCAUAAUAAGUUAUUGCUAGUGCUGUGAGGCCAUAGGUUCCUAGACAACA